AUACAUUGUAGGCCGUGGAUGGUGUUAGGUACAGCCUAGCUCCUCCUAUAGUAGCGCAUGAGUAAGGAUCAUGUGAUAGUGUUGUUGUUGUGAGCGGGGGCUGUAUUGUACGUCGCUGAUCCGGGUAUACGGGCUGGGCCCGGCGGAGUUCUACUGUUACUGUUACGUUGUACUGCAGAAUGGACCUCUCUUUGUGCGCGACACCCGACCGGACCACAUACGGGGUAUUUCUUCUUCGUAGCAGCGGAACGACUACUCACACUUCUAGUACGGCCAGAGGAAGUGCAGCAAAAGCAACAACAGUUUUCUGACGGGACCCUUAAUAGAGGCUACGUACUCGCGCCUUGAGAGGAAAGCAGACCGUCGGUGGUUUCAAAGCGGCCAGUAGCGCAUGGAACCUCUGUUGACUGCGGAUGCCGGUUUUACGCUAUUCCACAACUGUUAAGGCUUGGCGGUGACCUGGUAUGUUAAGCUGAAGAUGAGGAUGGAACAACACGCUGUCGCCAGGUUCCUUCUUAUAGGAGCGCUUCUAUCGGUCACACAGAUGGCUGUCGCGGACCAGACAGAAGUCAUAGAAAUUCUCAGAAAAGAAGGAUUCAAGUGUCGGGCAUUGAUUGCUCAGAGCAGCCCUCCGGAUGGAAAUAAAACGUACUGCCCUCCCGAGUGGGACCUAGUUACAUGCUGGCCAUACGGGGAACCAGGCAAAAAAGUCGAUCUGCUGUGCCCCGCGUAUUUACCAGACUUCAACAACAAAGGACACGUGUUCAGAUUUUGUGACGUCAAUGGAAAGUGGGUAGUCAACCCUGCCACCAACAAAACGUAUGCAAAUUACUCAGCAUGCCUGGAAGAAAGACAGUCCCGAAGAAUUCCACCAGAGGUCCUACAGAGAGUGACAACUCUUUACACUGUUGGGUACUCUGUCUCUCUAGGAUCGCUCUUCAUAGCAUUCAUCAUUCUAGCUUCUUUCAAGCGGCUCCACUGUACGCGGAACUACGUCCACAUGCACCUGUUCAUGUCCUACAUGCUGCGGGCUCUCUUCAUCCUGGUGAAGGACGCUGUUCUCGAUAUCGGGGCUUCAGGAUCAGCAGAAUCACAAAGGGGAACGCCCGGUUGUAAAGUUGUACAAACGAUCUUCAUGUACUUCAUGGCCACCAACUACUUCUGGAUCCUGGUGGAGGGACUGUACCUCCACAACCUCAUCUUCGUCUCCGUGUUUUCUGAGAGGAAGUUUUUCUACGGAUUCAUCGCGAUUGGCUGGGUGUUCCCCCUAACGUUUGUGGUCCCCUGGGUGGCUGUACGUGCUACAUUGGAGGAUACAGGGUGCUGGGACUCAGACGAAAAGGGAUACACUUGGAUCUACAAGGCCCCAAUAGUGGCGGCCAUUUUGCUAAACUUUUUCCUGUUCCUGAACAUCCUGAGAGUACUGGCAAAGAAGAUGCGGUCACCCGCCUCAGUGGCUGACCAGAACAACCAACAAUGCUGCGCGUGUUGCUUCGGUGGUCAACCACAAGAACCAAGUGGCAGAAGAGGCAGCAGGAGAAGGAGCAGCAUUCAACUGCAGAUGCCCAUGAAACUGGCGAAGUCGACCCUGGUUCUGAUCCCGCUGUUUGGUGUCCACUACAUCGUGUUUGCGGGCAUGCCGGACAACGUUGGGGGUGUGGCCUACGAAGUUCGGCUCUACUUUGACUUGUUUUUCAACUCAUUCCAGGGAUUCUUUGUGUCCAUUCUGUACUGCUUCUUAAAUGGAGAGGUGAAGGCUGAGUUUAAGCGGAGAUGGGAACACUGGAAGCUGAAGAGAAACCUGGACGCCAGAGGGAACAGUCGCUCCCCUCUCAGCUUCACGUCACGAACAUCCGUUGACUACAGCGUGACGACACAAGCGGUAAGCAACGGAGGUCCCGCUGGCAUGACGAACAACAACCUGGCACCAAACGGUUCCCCGACAAGAAACGGGCUGCUCCAGGUUAACAACGGCAAGAGUAGGGAUGGUCCUUCCACUGUGACAGACCGUCCAUCGCCACAGAAGCGGGCCUCUUUCAACGUGAUCGUGGAGAGGAUCUCAGAAGAGUGUGGUGAGAGACAGAACCUGAUCGAUGAGGGUGUGUUAGAGAUGGAAUCAUCCCUCUGACCUACAUGACUGCUUUAAUCUCCAAACGGAUUCUGUGGGUCAAAGGGAGUCUAUAUUUGCUUCCGGUA